GGCAACAAAAAUGGCUUCCGCGAUGCUUGCAGCAAACUCACAGCGCUAUCAAGGCAAAGUGACUAUUGUUACUGGGGGCUCGGCCGGCAUUGGCUUUGGUGUUGUCAGUGUAUUUGUUCAGCAUGGAGCAAAGGUUGUUUUUUGUGAUCUUAAGAGCAAAGAGGAUGAAGGUAAAGCAAAAGCUGUUGAGCUAAAUGCUAAAGGCCCCGGAGAAUGCAUAUUUUUCUGUUGCGAUAUGACUGUCGAGUCGCAGAUCAAGGACCUUAUAGGUUUCACAGUCUCACAAUAUGGCCAGAUUGAUUGCGUGGUGAAUAAUGCAGGAGCUCAUCCUCCCCACAAGCCUAUUGAUGACUUCUCAGCUGAGGAUUUAGAAAAUCUACACAGGCUGAACGUUACGGGAUAUUAUCUAAUGUCCAAAUAUUCCCUUCCUCAUCUCCGGAAGACUCAAGGGAACAUCAUCAACAACUGUAGUUUAGUAGCUCAGAUAUCUCAGCGGGAAGCUGUCCCUUAUGUCACUACAAAGGGUGCAGUUUUGUCAAUGACGAAAGCUUUAGCUUUGGACGAAGCUGAGAACAAUGUCAGGGUGAACUCAUUCUCUCCUGGCAAUGUGCUCACGCCCAUGUGGGAGCAAGCUGCCAUAGCGUCUGGCAAUUACGAUGAGGCCAUCGAGAUAGGGAGGAAUGAGCAGCCAAUGGGCAGAUAUGGCACUAUAGAGGAAUGUGGCCUGCUCUGCCUUUUUCUCGCGACUGAUGCCACUUUUUGUACCGGUAUCAACAUCAAUAUAACUGGAGGCGCAGAACUUGGAUAUGGCAGAAAAACCAGGAAGGAGUAGUAGCCGGUGACAUUUACAGGAGAAGGUCUCUCUUCAGAUGAAUGAGCAACAUGCUUAUCCUUCUCUCUGUUCCACACAUCUCGCUACCUUUGAAUUACAAAGUUCUAUUUGACAUUUUUGGCCAUUUUGAGUUAUUAAGACCAUGAGGUCAGAAACCAA